UCCCGCCCGUCUGCCCUCCCACCUAGCCGACUGCGGACGGAGGCGCUUGCUUUCCGCCAGGCCUGCCGCUCGCCAUGCUGACCCUGGGGACGCUCCGUCGGCCCCUCGCCGCCGCCGCCCGCCUGGCCCGGGCCUGGGCCCGCCCGCAGGUACUCACAUUCCUUGCUACGGGGCCCAGACAAGAUAAUAGCGUUUUCUAUGAAAUUCGCACGUACGAUAUUAAGCCAUCAAAGAUGAAGGAGUUUGUGGAGAUGGCCAACAAGUACUUUCACCUCCGCACAGCUCACUCGGAGAUGGUGGGAAUUUGGUCUGCAGAGCUGGGAGCCAUGAAUAAGGUGGUCCACGUUUGGAAGUACGAUAACUUUGCCCACAGAGCAGUAGUUCGGCAUGCGCUAGCCAAUGACAAAGACUGGCAGGGAAAAUUCAUCUCUCCAGCUCUCCCCUUGAUAGAAAAGCAGUACAAUGAGGUUGCUUAUCUGGUACCCUGGUGUCAGCUUGGGAAGCCUCCAAAAGAAGGGGGGGUAUACGAAUGGGUUACUUUCCAGAUGAAGCCUGGUGGGCCAGCAUUGUGGGGUGCAGCGUUUCAAGCUGCAAUCAAUGCUCACAUCAAUACGGGUUACACCAAACUGAUUGGUGUUUUCCACACAGAGUACGGAUUUCUUAACACAGUCCACGUGAUCUGGUGGAAUGAGAGUCCAGAUCACCGGGCAGCAGGAAGGCACAGAGCUCAUGAAGACGCCAGAGUGGUAGCAGCUGUGCGCGACAGUGUCAGAUUCUUGGAGUCCCAGCAAAAUAUGCUCCUGAUGCCUCUGCCAUGCUCGUCACUGAAGUAACCUUCUUCUAAGGAUGCAACUGAUGGCAGAAAGGACAAGAUGGAAGUGCUGUCAGGAAGUGCUAUAAGAUGGAUUGUCAAACCCUCAUGACCUCAGCUGUUCUUCAGUUUACAGUAAAUAGAUGCAAAACGUUGAUCACUAGCAGUGUAAAUCAGUAAAAUUUUGCACCCUGAUAGCAA